CUCACCGCACUCUGCCCUGCGCGUGCAUCGUGCUUUGGGCGAGCUGGGCACUGCGGCAGGGAACUCGACCCGCUUCCAGCGCGGCGCCUUUUUUAACAAGAUGCGCGUCGCCACUGCGUCGUACUGCGCCGUGGCAUCCGCAUCGUGCGUGAUGAACGCCGAGUAUGCCUUGGACGACCAUUUCCGCGCGGAUUGGGAGCGGACGAACGCGCAAUUGGUGGCCGACGCGCGCCACGCCUUUGCCGGGCGAGCCUCGAUNUCGCCAUCGGCCUUCAACUGCUCCUUUGCCGCGUGGUGCAGCGGAGAUGUGGGCAAUGAAUAUCGCAACCCGGAGGCGGCCUCCAUCUAUCGCUACACCAUUGCUCCCGGCAUUGCCAAGUAUAGCAGUUGCUUGCUCAACCUCAGCCAUGCCAUUGACCACCGACUUCACGAGUUCCGCGAGGCCGGUGCCCAGCUCGUUUCCAUUUGGGACGAUGAAUACCAGCACAUCAUAUCCCUCAAUACCCCGCAGCUGUUCUUGCACCACCUCACUCGCAGCCUUGCCAUUACAUACAACAAGCGUGGCCGACAGCAGAAGACGCCCGACGACACCACGCUGACUCGCCUCAUCGCGGCAUGCACGCCCGUGCAUUCCGCCUAUAGAUAUUUCCUCUCUCGACCCACCAUCGACGAACGCAUCCAUCUCCUACGAUCUACGCUCAGCAGCGCACACAAGCUCGAAACUCUCGCUCAGCACUGCUCCUCAAUCGCCACGAGCAGCCUCGCCGAUCUCGAACGUCACAAACCACAACUCGAUGAUUUAUGCUCGGAUUACAUCGACUUUGACCCUCUUAUCGACGACCUCACCGCCUUCUUCCAAGGUGACCGUCCUCGCAUGCCAUCCCAUGUCAAAACCGACAAUGACGACGCAGGCACAAUCACCCUCAAUCUAGACUCCACGGCCUGGGAACUCACCUGGGCCCGUCUUGUCAACUCCCGCAUCACCACGACUCUGGAUCAAGUCCUGCACGACAUGACCACGCGACCCGAAGUAUGGAUACAAGGCCAGGCUUUCUUCCGUUUAGCCUCGGGGCUCUCGCUGGGAGAUAUGACUUUGCAGAAGGAGAGGAUGGAUAGGUGGUUGGAGAUUGUUGAUCCGCCUUUGGUCACGCACGGGGGAGAGGGAGGAACAAAGCGGACACAGAAAGAAUGA